AUGCUCGACCGCAAAGCCAUGGAGCAAGAACGCCUCAACCGCCUCGCAAAGCGCCAGCGUCCGCCCUCCGACGAUGACGACGACGACGUGGUCGAGAUCCCUCCGCCCAAGAAGCAAGCCAUGACAGCCCCCGAGCCUAAGAGCAAGACCACCAGUGAACUGAAAAAAUCGACGUCAGUUCCAAUGAGCAUCAGCAGCAGCGCCAGCAGCAGCUUGCCGUUGCAGUAUCCAAACGGCACCGUCAAACGCACAUGGUCUCGCGGCUGUGCACGAACUGGCGAGGAAAUCACUAUCGAAGAGGUGUUCCAAAAGGACCAGCUGGAGCUCGCCGUCCUGUCGUCUUUCCAAUGGGACGAGGAGUGGAUGAUGUCCAAGCUCGACAUCAGGAGGACCAAGAUACUGCUACUAGCAUUCGCCAAAGACGAAGCCCAGAAGAACCUUAUGCGUGGCAACGUCCCAUCCAACAUCAAGUUCUGCUUCCCCCCGAUGCACGGCCCGGGAGCAAUGCACUCCAAACUCCAGCUGCUCAAGUAUCCGGACCGCCUCCGUGUCGUCAUCCCAACGGGUAACCUUGUGCCGUAUGACUGGGGAGAGACCGGGGUCAUGGAAAACAUGGUAUUUCUAAUUGAUCUCCCAAGGCUGGGAAACCCCGCCACCCAUCCGCCGCAGAGGCCGACUGGAUUCUACACGGAGCUAGUAUACUUCCUCCAGUCGACGGGCGUCGGCGACAAGAUGGUUGCCAGUCUCUCAAACUACGAUUUUUCAAAGACGUCAGAUAUCGCUUUCGUCCAUACCAUACCCGGAAGCCACUCGGGAAAUGCUGCAAAACGCACAGGAUAUUGCGGCCUUGGUGCUAGUGUGGCGGCCCUUGGCCUGGCCAGUCCCGAGCCUGUCGAGGUCGACCUUGUGGCACGUUUUUUUGGGUUAUCCACCAUUUGCGGCGAAGUUGCUAACAGCUCAACCCUACCUAGUUUGGUAGGGGCCAUCUACAACGCCUGUCGAGGUGAUGACGGCAUAGAGGAUUACAAAAAGUCCAGCGGCACUAGUUCAAGAUCGAGGGCGUCGAAGAAACCGGCGGAGACAACGUCCAAAGAGCUCAAAGACCGAUUCCGCAUCUACUUCCCUACGGACAAGACAGUGGCCCGAAGCAGAGGUGGACGCAAUGCCGGAGGCACAAUUUGCGUACAGGCAAGGUGGUGGCGGUCGCCUAGCUUUCCAACAGAGCUGGUGCGGGAUGUCAUCACUCGUGACCGGCUCCUCAUCCACAGCAAAAUGAUAUUCGUGCGUCGGGUCGGAGACGGGCAGGCAACGCGGCAGCCGCCAGGCUGGGCCUACGUAGGGAGCGCAAAUCUCUCCGAGAGUGCGUGGGGCCGCCUUUCCAAAGACAAGUCUACGGAAGGCAUCAAGAUGAGCUGUCGCAACUGGGAGUGCGGAGUGAUCAUCCCGGUACCUGAGUCAAAAACUGUUGACAAGACAGUGGCUAGCGCCGACAUGGCAAUGUUUGCGGGGACGGUUCCUGUUCCAAUGCAAGUUCCCGGGCCUGUAUACACAUCAAAUGACCUACCCUGGCUUUAUCCAGGAGCCUGA